AUGUUAACAGACAUUGGCACGCCGAUCUCUGUUAUUGUGCCACAAGCCCCGGUGAGCCAAGAUGGCGUCCCGCAACGAGGCCCCUUUUCGUACCGAGGCUUCUAUCCGUACCGAGGCUUCUAUCCGUACCGAGGCUUCUAUCCGUACCGAGGCUUCUAUCCGUACCGAGGCUUCUAUCCGUACCGAGGCUUCUCUUCGUACCGAGGCUUCUCUUCGUACCGAGGCUUCUAUCCGUACCGAGGCUUCUAUCCGUACCGAGGCUUCUAUCCGUACCGAGGCUUCUAUCCGUACCGAGGCUUCUCUUCGUACCGAGGCUUCUCUUCGUACCGAGGCUUCUAUCCGUACCGAGGCUUCUAUCCGUACCGAGGCUUCUCUUCGUACCGAGGCUUCUCUACGUACCGAGGCUUCUAUCCGUACCGAGGCUUCUAUCCGUACCGAGGCUUCUCUUCGUACCGAGGCUUCUCUACGUACCGAGGCUUCUCUACGUACCGAGGCUUCUCUACGCUGAACAACAACCCAUGGGUCAGACGUAACUACAGACGUAACUGCAGACGUAACUGUAGACGUAACUACAGACGUAACUACAGACGUGAUGCAGACAUAUCUACAGACGUAUCUACAGACACAACUGCAGACGUGACUGCAGACGUGACUGCAGACGUGACUGCAGACGUGACUGCAGACGUGACUGCAGACGUGACUGCAGACGUGACUGCAGACGUGACUGCAGACGUAACCGCAGACGUAACUGCAGACGUGAUGCAGACACAUAACUACAGACGUAUCUACAGACACAACUGUAGACGUAACUACAGACGUAACUACAGACGUAACUGUAGACGUAACCGCAGACGUAACUGUAGACGUAACUACAGACGUAACUACAGACGUGACUGCAGACGGAACCGCAGACGUAACUGUAGACGUAACUACAGACGUAACUACAGACGUGACUGCAGACGGAACCGCAGACGUAACUGCAGACGUAACUACAGACGUAACUACAGACGUAACUACAGACGUGACUGCAGACGGAACCGCAGACGUAACUGCAGACGUAACUACAGACGUAACUACAGACGUAACUACAGACGUAUCUACAGACGCAUCUGCAGACGUAACUACAGACGUGGCUACAGACGUGGCUACAGACGUGACAUUGGUGAUGUAUGA